AUGGAAACAGCAGUCGUACUUGCUGCCUCCCUAACUUGGUGUAGAGGCAGGGAAUUUGCUUCUUCCAUAACAACCUCUUCCGCCUACUCUCUGCCUUUGCUGAACUCCUCUAACACUUCUCUCAUUCACUUAGUUACUACAGAUUUUGGCAAGCGAGUGUACCAAGGAGUGCGAGUGAAACACACAGUCAAAGAUCUUCUUGCUGAAAAGCGAUCCAGGCAGAGCAGUGGCUCCUGCUUCAGUGGCAGCACCAGCACACCACAGUCAUCUUUCGUCCAAAUGCCAGGUUCCCCUACCACGGCUGGUUACUACGGAGUCAGGAGGUCCUUCACUGCUGACUUGGAUUUCCACAACACAAAGCAGUUUGUCAGUGAUGUCUAUUCGUCCCCGCUGGGGUCCAAGCCCUUCACGUGUGAUUCCUCCACCACCCAGGGCUACCCAACGCUUCUGGACCCGUAUCUCCCCGAGCAAUACGGGGAUUUCCGUAGCGCUCCCCUCACGCCUGGUACCAGCUCCUUCUUCAGCCCUUCUUCACUGCCCCCUCUCCUGCCAUCCUUCCCCAAUGACACAGCGCAUUUCCUACUAGUGAGUGACUCUGCGGUUCUCAGCCCCCGACGCCAGGCUAGGUAUGCCAUCCCCUCCAGGACAAUCUUUAAACCUCACGGGUCUCCCUCGCCUUCUCUCCCCGCUUCCCUGCAGAGAGAGCCGUGGGAGCAGACCUCUCCUGACAGCCUGGGCCAGUCGGAUGUCGCAUGCCCAGAGCCUCCGCAGGCACUGCCUGCAGGCACCGGCUGCCUCGCCUCGCACGAGCCCGGAGGCUCUUCCCCAUACCGGAGCUCGGGCUGGACCCCGGCCAGCCCUGGAGCCCAGCCCUACCCCCUGCAUCCCCUUGAAGAUGCCCACUACUCGCCCAGCUACGCCGCCACCUCGCCCUACUCCUUCUCGCCCUUCGUCACCGCGGCAAGCGAGCUCGCCUCCAGGAUGAGCCACCUCUCACCGGAGCCGCCCGCGGAGCUGCCACCCCUUCACGAUAACUCUGCCUGGGCGAAGGAGGAUGGAAGUCCCGUCUGGGGCACGUACGAAGGCCGGAGAACUUACUGAGGAGAGAUGAGAGCUGGAGGGAAGGGCAGGCGCUGACUGUUAUUGAGGCAAAUGAGCUACUCGCACGCUUUUUCCUAGCAGUUUCCUUCAGACAGAGGAUGCUAACAACACGCAAUGCUUCAUGCUCUGGUUAGAGGUCACUGGAUAUACCACAUCUAGCUUACAGGGGUGCUCUGGUGCCUUAGGAAAGCCAUAGCUCACAGUCCCGCUGUGCUACAAGUAAAAUACACAGCCUGAAAAAUACCUGCACAUUACUGGCCUGUACUGCAAGGACAGAUCUCAGGUACUCGCUUUCAGAUGCUGAGAAAACAGGUCUCGCUGAACCUUAAACUACACCCACAGAGCGGUGUCACCAAAAGAGGGUUGGGGAGCGAGGCAGGGGCUGGGGGAAGCCCUCAUUAAUAGCAUAAUAGCUUAAUGGUGCCUCGCCUGCCCCAGGAGCAGCGACCAAAGGCUCCGUGGGCUCCAGGAGCUGCCUGCACCUCGCAGGGCUGCCAUGGCGGACCCAGCCGACCUGCAGUCCCGGUGCCAGGCCGGGCUGCCACGGCCACUAGAGGUAGCUCUGCACACACACAAACACGCUCCUGCACAGACACCAGAGCCUUCUGCACCCCUUCGCCCCCAUCUUGCCCCCUCACCACCAAAAUCCUCCCUGAGGGACCCAGGGCCUGAGAGGGAGCGGUGAUGGGGUGGCUGAAGGCGCUGCUCGCCCCUUCUCCUCAAACCCUGGGGCUGGGUGGGCACUGGGAGCCCCCCAGCCCCCUCCAGGGACCAGGGCACAGCCUGGGGUCACAGGCUGCACAUCCCACAGCCCCGAGCACCCCUGCACAGGAGACCUGGGGACACGGCCAUGCACCCACAAACAGGCAGCGGUGUUGGACCCCCAUCAGCAACACUGCGUGGGGCUGCCAAGCGGGCCUGGCUGGUCCCUUGCCACAAAGCCCCCCCCCCCUUACAGCCGCACAGCCACCCCCACCAGACAGCCCCCAGGCUGCUCAGAGCCACCCCAAACCCCCCAAGGCCACACUGUUGGCACCAGAGGAUGGGGUGGGAGUGCUGCAGCUUUCAGGUGCCACCACACCGCCGGGUACAGCCCAGCCCCGGCACCCCCUGGGUUGAGCCCCCCGCAGCCCCCGGUGUGCGGCCGCAGCCGGCCGGGAGCACCCAGCUCCAGCCCUGCCUUGGCUCCGCUCCCUGCUGCCGCUUCCUGAUUCCCCAGCCCUGUUCAGACCCGUCCAGAAAAGCAAACCCCCGCGGCUCUGCGUGCCCCAAGCCCUCACCCACCCACCCCGCGGGCUGC